AGAAACUUUUCACAGAAGUCAAACAGUUAAAGCAAAUUCUAGAUACAUGGUAGAGACCAGGAAAAAAUAUGAAUAAUUUUCUUCUAAACAAGGAGCUCAGUGGAUAAAACAUACCUCUAGAUUCCUUGCUUCAAUUUUCCCAGAAACAAGAUGAGGAAGAGAAAGAUCAGUGUGUGUCAACAAACUUGGGCCUUAUUAUGCAAGAACUUUCUUAAAAAAUGGAGAACGAAAAGAGAGUCCUUAAUGGAAUGGCUGAACUCAUUGCUCCUACUACUUUGUUUGUAUAUAUAUCCUCACAGUCAUCAAGUAAAUGAUUUUUCUUCACUGCUUACCAUGGACCUGGGAUGGGUAGAUACAUUUAAUGAAUCCAGAUUUUCUGUUGCGUACACACCUGUCAACAACACAACCCAACAGAUAAUGAAUAAAGUAGCCUCUACUCCCUUCCUGGCAGGUAAAGAGGUCUUGGGACUGCCAGAUGAGGAAAGUAUUAAAGAAUUCCAAGCAAAUUAUCCUGAAGAAAUAGUAACAGUCACCUUUACUAAUACAUACUCAUAUCAUUUGAAGUUCUUGCUAGGACAUGGAAUUCCAGCAAAGAAGGAACACAAGGACCAUACAGGCACAGUCCCAUGUGAGCGCCCCAAUGCAGGGAGGAUUCUGACUGCUCAUAUCUUCUCCAACACUGUGCGUCCCCCCGCCAAUGGCAGCUCCUUGCCCAUUACAUCAUUCCAGCCUUCCCUUUUAUGGGUCACCUCUCUCUCCUCAGUCACAAUGCCAGAAUCCACCCCAGGAGAGUACAGAUGGGAAAUCAAACUGUGGCACCAUGAGCGGAGACCCUAG